AUGCUCACACUGGCCAGCAAGCUCAAGCGGGACGACGGCCUCAAGGGGGCACGCUCGGCGGCCACAGCGCCCGACUCAGCACGGCGCGUGUCAGUGCGGGACAAGCUGCUCGUCAAAGAGGUUGCAGACCUUGAAGCCCACUUACCUUGUACCUGCAGAGUCCACUUUCCUGAUCCGAACAAGCUCCACUGCUUCCAGCUGACGGUGACCCCAGAUGAGGGUUACUACCAGGGUGGAAAAUUUCAGUUUGAGACUGAAGUUCCUGAUGCGUACAACAUGGUGCCUCCCAAAGUGAAAUGCUUGACCAAAAUCUGGCACCCCAACAUCACAGAGACCGGAGACAUCUGUCUGAGUUUACUGCGAGAACAUUCGAUUGAUGGCACUGGCUGGGCCCCCACCAGGACACUGAAGGAUGUUGUUUGGGGAUUAAACUCUUUAUUUACUGAUCUUUUAAAUUUUGAUGACCCACUGAAUAUUGAAGCUGCAGAACACCACCUUCGGGACAAGGAGGACUUCCGGAAGAAGGUGGACGACUAUAUCAAGCGCUUUGCCAGAUGA